CGCCGAAAGAUUCUCGGUCUGCAACUCCCGUCAUUCAUUGAACAAGUCCUUUCACAAACAUCUACAAAACGCUGCGCUUUGUGCACACAACUGGUCAGAGACCCAGAAUCAUCUCUUUCUAUCUCCCUUUUCCUACAACCUCUAAGAUUCCUUUGCUGUCCUUCGGUGUCGCUCGAGUGCUCUGUCUCGAUGGUCCGAGGUGAAGCUUUUUCCUCCGCCUUCUCCAUUAGCCGAAACGUCCAACGUCUUCCGCAUUGAUCAGCAGCAGGCUGACAUGGCUACCCGGUCCUCACGCAUCAAACCUGCUCUCCCAGACCUCUCUCGAUUAUUUGUUGCUCAAGCAAAACAAAAGGGCCCGAGCACCGUCAAAGAAGAUGUUGUAUUUCAGUCUAGAUCCACAUUAGCUGCCGCGGAAGAUCCUCAACCUGGUCUAACUGAUGAAUUGAACGGAACACAUGAGACAUUGGUUGAGGGUGAAUCAGCCGAGCAAGAAGCUCUUCAGGCCAACCUCGGGGAUGACAGGGACGUAUCUGCCUCAACAGCAUCACCAGCAGAAAGUCCGCCCGCGUCUGCUUCCACCCCUGACACCCAAGAUUUUGCACCCGAUGGAGGUCAUUCUUCCUUGCAAACAUUACACAAUCACAUUGAAGAGGCGGACAAAUUUCAUGUAAUUCAAGAUGGUUCAUCUAGUCAAGACGUAUCAGUUACUCCUCCAACUGGUACUGCGGGGAAUAAUACCUCCAAAGUUGACACUGAGCACUCCACCCCCAACAAUGUUGGCCAACGCAGUAAUCCUGAUUCACCACUUCCAACAUCGAUAGAGGGAGGCCUGUCUCGGUCGUCGCCAUCGCCCACGCCUUCUGCACCAUCUCUGGCGCAAAAGGAUGACACUGCCUCUCCACCACCUCCGACCGAGACAUUUACGCAUCUGGCACUCUCGGAGCACGUAUCACCUGUUGGAACACCUGUCCAAAAUCAUGAAUACCCUGCAAAUUCUUUCGCUAUGGGUAUGAACGGCCAUACUCGUUCUUACAACGGGGAGUCAGCCCCACCGCGAACCCCAUCGGUUCCAGAAUCACUGGGACAUUGGCAGACAAUCAACGACUACUUCCUACAUCUGGCUGUGACAAAGGACCUCGCUGAUUGGGCAAUUCAGAUAUAUGCGCCAGGUACAGGAAACGAUGCCUUUGCUGUCUACGGACACUCUGUCAUAUUAGGCCGCAGCCAUCGCUUACGAAGACUCAUGGCACGUUCCCAGUCAUAUGGAAACAACAUCAUUAAUUUGUAUCCCCCACAACGCAUUCAACCCCAUGCCUUUGAUUCGGCGCUGCGUUUUCUGUACUCGGAUACGUUGCUCACGAAGGACUACUUCAGCCAGCAGCCAUCGUCGCAGGAGCGCGAAGCUGUUAGACAAUACCAUCUCGAUUACAUCCUGUCCUACUGGAUUGCCGGCGUCGAACUUGGCUUGGAUUUGGUCACAGCUCACAGUGAGGCUCUUUUGACAGACUUCCUCGAUUGGGAUGUGUUGGAAUCGGUGUACAAGUCUGCCAUUGCCAUGGUGAGAAGCGACGUCUCAUCACAUGGAAAAUACAUGGCAGGCUCCGACUACCUCAACUUGAGCGACAUCCUGGUACGAUUGGUUGUGCAGCUCCUCGCCAACCGCAUUGAUAUUGUCAACUUCAAGCUCGACUGUGGGCAUUCGUCGAGUACAAUUGUCUCGCGGCUCCCCAAUACUGAAGACGGACGUCCGCGCACCAACCCAGUCUUGGCAUCCAUGGUAUUUGGUUCCAUGCCUUCCUCGAGCAUCGCCUCCGAUUCUUCUCCGACCAUGGAAAGUGCCUCAGCUGCCAGUGCCUUCCAAGAUUCUGUCGCAUCAGCCAUUCUUCUGAAUCUUGACUUUGACAGUCUCGGUAGAUUCAACCAUUUGUUGCAGGCACGUAGUGUGACAGCCGCAGCCAGAAUCAUGGCCGAGGUGGUAACAGAGAGGGAGGCCCGGCGUCAAAAGGUUUUCAAUGGGGCCAACGUACCAAAUCGAGAUCGAAUGGCAGCCUCUGCCAAGUGGGACAUCGUCGGUCGCGAAGAGUCGUUUGUGGAUGGUGUCCUGUCGGAGAAACGAGUCGGGUUCUUAUUGCCUCCACCACAAUGAACAAAAGCGACAUAUUUCCUUCGGAUCAUUGGCUGACAUGAACACCGGCAUCAUUAUCAGCGUCAACAUCCCAUCUUGCGUGCGUGCAAGAUUCUUUAUUUCCUUACUGGAGCUUUUUUUAAGCAGGCAAACAGCGUGUGACAUGAGCGAGAGACGUAAUGUCAUUAGGGAGCGAUCUGCACAAGAGCAGAUUGAGAGUAUAGGUGGCAGCUGGAUGAGUUGGUUUGAAGACCUAGCUGCGUGUGAGAUAACUUCUCUUUCGGCACAUGAUUUCGACGAGCAUUGCGGAACAUAGGAUACGGCGUUUUGUUUUGGGGCGAGGUGUGGCAACCUUGAGCAUAUCAGCCAAGGGCAGCAAGGACAAAAGUUGAGCGGCCAACAGGGUGAACGGGGGUGGCAAGCGAGGUUUCUGCGAGCAUUUUGUCCACGCGGGCAAACGUGUUCGUCCACUGACGAGAACAAUGAACCCACUUUGUACUAAUUCGAGCUUCAAAACGAGAUACCCGGAAGGAAAAGAAAAUCAAUUAGACAAAAUCACCAAACUGAUCCUGUAGGAGGGGUGGACACGGAU